GGACGGCGGCUCCCGGCCGGUGGCGGCGCGCUCCCGGGCUGUGAAUGCGACUCGCCCCUCGGCGGCGCUCCCCGCCCGCCCGCCGGGACGCGAUAGGGGAUGCCCAGCUCCACUGCGAUGGCAGUUGGCGCGCUGUCCAGUUCCCUCCUGGUCACCUGCUGCCUGAUGGUGGCUCUGUGCAGCCCGAGCAUCCCGCUGGAGAAGCUGGCCCAGGCGCCGGAGCAGCCCGGCCAGGAGAAGCGGGAGCACGCCUCUCGGGAUGGCCCGGGGCGGGUGAGCGAGCUCGGGCGCCCGGCGAGGGACCAGAACGGCAGCGGCCGGGACUGGAAGAGCAAGGGCGGCCGAGGGCUCACGGGCCGGGAGGCGUGGAGCAAGCAGAGGCAGGUUUGGGCUGCCCAGGGCGGGGGCGCCAAAGCCGGGGACCUGCAGGUCCGGUACCGCGGGGACAUCCCGCAGAAGGAGCCACUGCUCGCUGCAGCCGCCCAGGACUCCACGGUGCCGGAGCUCGCGCCCACGCCCGAGCCGCCGGAGGAGUAUGCGUACCCGGACUACCGCGGCAAGGGCUGCGUGGACGAGAGCGGCUUUGUGUACGCGAUCGGGGAGAAGUUCGCGCCCGGCCCCUCGGCCUGUCCGUGCCUGUGUACUGAGGAAGGGCCACUGUGCGCGCAGCCCGAGUGCCCGAGGCUGCACCCGCGUUGCAUCCACGUCGACACUAGCCAGUGCUGUCCGCAGUGCAAGGAGAGGAAGAACUACUGUGAGUUCCGGGGCAAGACCUACCAGACUCUGGAGGAGUUCGUGGUGUCUCCAUGUGAGAGGUGUCGCUGUGAAGCCAAUGGAGAAGUACUGUGCACAGUGUCUGCCUGUCCUCAGACUGAGUGUGUGGACCCGGUGUAUGAACCUGACCAGUGUUGCCCCAUCUGUAAAAAUGGUCCAAACUGCUUUGCAGAAACGGCUGUCAUCCCCGCGGGCAGAGAAGUGAAGACCGAUGAGUGCACCAUUUGUCACUGCACCUACGAGGAGGGCACGUGGAGGAUUGAGCGCCAGGCCAUGUGCACCCGACACGAGUGCAGGCAGAUGUAGGCUGAACCAGACACAGAUGCUGACGUUUUUUUCUAGGAUAUUUUACUGACAAGAACAUUCUAAAUGAUUUUGGGAAAUAUCAAUCAAAAUGAGAAGACUUUGGAUGAGGAGUUAUGGAAAACUGUUGAUACUUUUGCUUUUCUUGGUAUCAGUUACUGCAAGAGAAAGAAAUGGAUACAUUUCAAAACAUCAACAAGAACUUUGGGCAUAAAAUUCCUCUCUAAAUAAAUGUGCUAUUUUCACAGUAAGUAUACUAAAGUAUACUAUUAUAUAUGAAAUGCAUUUCUAUAAUCCCUCUACUAGAGAGCUGAUAUAAAUGUUUUCUAUAGAUACAGAUUAAAAAUGCUGUGUUGUCAACCAUC